CUGAGCCAGUGACGCGGGCGCCGCCGCCGCUACGGUCCGCGCUCUCCGUCGUCGCUCCCGAGCCGGCGAUCGCCUCUCCCGCCGCCCCCCGCCGCCUCCCCGCCCAGCCCCGCGCUCCCGGGGCCUCGCCUCGACCCCCCCCCCGCCCCCGAGAGCGCCCCGGCGCCGCGGAGGCUGCGAGCGCCCCCUCCCUCCCGGAGGUCGCCGCGCCGCCCGGUGAGUCUACCCUUGACAGACUUCAGGAUUCCUCCUUCUGGUUUAAAAGGAUUUUUUUUUAUUUUUAAAAUAACCUGGACGGAUAAAAGAUGUGCCAUGGCGGGAUAACACCAAAGAGCAUCUCAGCAUCUGCUGCGGCUUCUGUGGGACAUGGAUUCUUCUUCCCACUGGUGAUCUUUAGCGCUCUUCUUGGAGACAGCCUUGCCUCAGUGUGUGCCCUGCCCCCGGAGCCAGAGAAUGGUGGCUACAUCUGCCACCCCCGACCCUGCAGAGACCCCCUGAAUUCUGGCAGUGUCAUCGAGUACCUGUGUGCCGAAGGCUACAUGUUGAAAGGCGAUUACAAGUACCUGACGUGUAAGGAUGGUGAAUGGAAGCCGGCCAUGGAGAUCAGCUGCCAUCUCAACGAGGAUAAAGAUCCUCACGCGUCUCUCGGGGUCCCCACCCUGUCCAUAGUGGCUUCUACCGCCAGCUCUGUGGCGCUCAUUCUCCUCCUUGUCGUGCUGUUUGUGCUGCUGCAGCCCAAGCUGAAAUCUUUCCACCACAGCAGGCGUGACCAGGGAGUGUCUGGGGACCAGGUCUCCAUCGUGGUGGACGGGGUCCAGGUGGCACUGCCGUCGUACGAGGAGGCCGUCUACGGCAGCUCUGGCCACUGUGUGCCACCUGCCGACCCCCGAGUGCAGAUCGUGCUGUCAGAAGGCUCUGGGCCCAGUGGAAGGAGCGAGCCGAGGGAGCCGCAGCUGCAGGACCAGGGGGCCUGCUCCUCGGCAGGUGAGCAGGAGGAGGUCCCAGCACAGUCUGGACUGUGUGAAGCCCGGGGCUCCCGGCACUCAGAGACUGUGAUGGUGCACCAGGCAGCCGCUUCCUCCUGGGUGGCCGGCUCAGGGAGCAGCCGACUUGCGCACAAAGAAGGCCCCGACUCCGAAAACAGCGACAUACAGAGUCUCUUAUCCCUCGCGUCAGAAGACUACACAGACGACAUCCCGCUGUUGAAAGAAGCAUGAGGAGGAUCGUCACCGGCCGCUCUCCUCUCCACAGUGAUCUUCCUCACCCUUCCUUCCUCUCCUGUGGGUCGAGCACCCUGUACGCCAGCCACCCUACCUGGAUACCUGAGCUGCCACCUGUGUGUCUGUGUAUCUUUGUAUCUCAGAUGGCUUUCAGGUACAACUUGCUAGAAACUCAAGGAAGAUUCUCACCAUCUACCUUCUGGAAAGCUGGGGGUGUUGGCUUUCUGGCUGGCCCAGCCUUUGCAUCUGUGUUGGGGAAAUAUUUGAAUGUGCUGGAUCGAACCCAUGUUUCCCUACACCCUCUGGGUCCCCUCUAGCCGGCGCUUUGGCGGCAGCCCCCACUAUAGACCUGAGAACCUCUGUGUUUACCUGUGCCUUCCCCAGCCCCAGAGUUUCCCUGACAUGCAGGCUCAGUGCAGUCCUGCAGACCUGAGUGACCGCACUGCCGCUUCCUGCCACUCACGGGCGAAGCCUGGGGCUGGCCGUUGUCCUUUGAGGACUGACACCACCACCACUAGCAGGAGCAGAUCCAGAACUGAGAGCCGUGGAGCCAAGAGUGACUCUGGGGCCAGCAGGCCCCUGGGCCUUGCUUUGAUGACGCCAGUAGCACAUCUCCUCGCUGCGGGUAGAGCACGUAACAGGAGCAUGCCAAAGCCAUCACAGCCCCCACCCGUACCUCGGGCACCAGCCAGCUCCUGACACAGCUGAGUUCCCAGGACACAGCAGAGGAUCCCAAGAGGGAGGGAAGCCAGGCGGCUGGUGGUGAUCAUCUUCCUCACAUGCAAGUCCUGACUUCCUCCUCCCGGCAUCGGCUUUCUGCUUGGGGUGUUUUCUGCCCCCUGAAAUGUAAGGGGAAGUUGCUCAGCCUGGGCAGCUCGGGCUCUGCUCCCACCAGGGUCUGAAGCAGCUGAUCCCUGCCGCAGGAGGGUUGUUGUGAUGCUGCAGAAGCCCACGUGAUGACUGGCGGUCAGGGCAAGUCACCCCGUCACAGGCUCAUGGCAACCGAGGGGCCCGAGAGGCACAGGCCGAGCCCCUGGGCAGCUGCAGGCAGCUCCAUGCCAGUCCGAGAGUCCUCACCACAGUCACGUGCCUUAGUACCUGUGCCAGGAAGCAUCCUGCUGCACUGCUUUCCCCACUUCUGCCCCCCUCGCCUCCACACUUCACAGCUCACAGACAACUUCCCGCUCUUGCCUGGCACCCCGGGCAGGGGCUGAGGGGUAGUUGGCAUGCACCCCACCCUGCUGGCCCGCAGCGGGUCAACGGGGCCCUGGCGUUGGAGUGUCUCGGUGCUUUAGACCCUCUGCCCCCAGCAGAACGCUGGCACAACUGGGGCGAAGGAGCCCAGCCAGGCUACUGGCACCUUCAGUACAUGUGGCAUUAAGGAGUUUUUUUUUUUUUUUUUUUUUUCUUUUUCUUCUUUUUUUUGGAGGUACCGGGGCUAGGAAACUUGAAGCUGACCCUAUGCUGCACCUCUGCCCUCUGCUCCUCCCAGCCUGUUUGGGGUGGCAAAGCCAAUAAGUAUCCCAGUCUAUUUUCAGUACCAGACCUAAACAGGGUAGCCCUCAGCAUGGUGGCCUCAGCGGGGAGGGAGACGGCCUCACAGCUUCCUGCCUCCACUCUCACAUAAGCACUUUACUGCUCACUCCCAGGCCUCUUGCUGUCACAAGUAGUCUUCCUCUCAGGGUAAGUAAGGGAAGUGCCUGCCACGCCCGUUGGCCACUCCCGUGUCUUCCCUCCCCACCCAGGAGCCCUCACAUGCUGUGCCCAAAGACUAGAGCAGGGGCAGAGGUGGUGCGGGAGAAUAGACGGCUGGAGUCUCACGUGUUGAGGGGAAGCACGGGGCUGUGCUCUGGCCCCAGGAGAGCCCGUCUGUUGGGUGCGCCUGCAGCUGGCACUGAGCCCAGCCGGGCCUCACCCCCCACCCCAAGCCACAGACGUGCACUUCCCUUCCUGCUCAGAAAAAAAAAAAAAAAAAAAGACACAUGGUGGGGUAUCCCGAGUCUCACUGCUGAGCCUGCAGCUUUUGUUUCCAAUCUUCUAGAAAUUCUGAAACCUGAACUCUAUUCGAGAAAAAAAAAAUUAUGGGAGACCUAACCCUUUUUUAUGUCAUCACUCUAGGUGUUUCUUUUCCCCUCUAGGAGAAAUGCUUUUUGUUUUGGGUUUAUUUUAGCCACACAAGUGGUUGACUUGGCCCUUAAAAAAAAAGAAAGAAAGAAAAUGGAAAGCUUUCCUUUUGAGCUCUUCUCCCAGUUUGCCUGCCAUUGACACCGCCCUGGGGGACACAAGCCCAGACUUGCCCGCAUGGCAGAAGUCAGGCUAAAUGGGACCCCCCUGCCCUGCUCCAGGCCUCCCUCCCGCUGCUGCGGACUUCUCCUCAGACUUCUCACAUCUCAUAAGCCUCCCCACCCCCAGCCCCCAAAAAGCAACUUGUUAGACCAUCAGUCAUGUGCUGGUUUCCCAGGCUUCUGGGCUUUGUCCCUCGCCGGGAAUUAGGGCCUCCAGCUGCCGUGAGGUGGGGCCUGGCUGAGAGACAGACUGGCGUGAGGCAGCAGGCUGCUGGAUGGGGCUUCCAAAGGCGCCGAUGCAGGUGGGAGCCGCCCACAGCCUGCCUUCCCUGCUGCCUCUUGAGAAAGCCCAGCAGUGAACUCCAGCGCUGGGGGACGUGUCAGAUCGUCUGCACCCGCGGGGCAAGCCUCACAAGUGGCGGAGCCGUACUCCAGGUGUCUCCCCUCACCCCAUUUCUCUCUGUCACAAAAAGGGUUGGGCUCAUUUUUUUACAUCCCCCCCACGCACACACACACACACACACACACAAGCUGACUCAGUGAAGGUUUAUAUCCUGGCAACUAGGAGUCACGUUCCAGAGACUUCCAAAGGGCCGUUAUAGUGAAAAUCCCUUGAAAAUGUGUGUCCCUUGCAAUGCCUUACGUUAGCUAGCAGAUUCUGCCAUCUCUCAGCUCUGCGUGCUCUCUGCCCGUGUCACUGGGGAUGGGCUGUGAAUGGAGUGGCUCUCGGGAGUCCUUCCGUUUGGCGAGGCAUUCAUCUCAUCAUCUCAUCUUGCGUCCCACUGACACUCCGCUUGCAGACAGCUUAACCUCAUGUUGUCUCCCCACCCCUCUUGCCCUCUUUUCUCCCUGCUCCAGCUUUAAAGAUGUUUAAAGUGGAGACACUGGAUGGCAAGACAGACAAAGGGAUAUUUCUCCUGCUUAGUUGAUGGUGGCGUGGGGAAGGAUGACAUCCAGCCUUCAGCCUCUUGUUCCCAGCUGAGCUCCCAGACCACUAGCUUUUCACAUAACACUGUCACUUCCCUCCACAAGGAACACCUUCACGGACAGAGUGGAACAUGCUGCAGAUACUUCCACAUCCUUUUUUCUUUUUCCUUAGAGGGAAUGAAGGGCCAGAGGUGGGUGGGGGGAGAUGCGGAAGACACGAGUGGGGAGCUGGUCUUUGGGGUCCUCACGGCUCAUGGCGGGGACAGUCGUCACUGGUGGCCACUGAGGGCAGAGAGGAUUUCUCCUGGCAGCUGGGUAGACUGAGUGGUACAGUAGCUGGCUCCCCAGCGAGAAAGGCAGCAAAUUCAGCUUUGCUGGGAAACAACUCCUCUGAAUCCCGUUAAACCUGGUCACACUGUGGAGAAAAAGCCGAGAUGGAGUCCUCUGCCCGGCAGCAGUUAGCUGGAGGGGUGCGUGGCAAAGCACUUGCCCGGCAGCAAGAGGAAACAGAUGAGGAUAGGUAGCAGGGCGGCCCACCAUGCCCUGCCCUAGCUUCUAACACACCGCCAUGAAUCCUCUGCAGAAUGGUACUCAAAAUGGUUUUAAAUGGCACAUCGACUGCAGGAUGUCACAAUCAUUUGGGUUUGCUUUAUCUUAUAUGUUUUUUCUGGUAUCCUGUACAUUGCAGUGGGUGUGAAGAUAGUAUUUUAAUAUUUGUACAAAGUUUAAUUUAAUUUUAAUCUAUGUAUAUAACUGCAUUUCUAAAAAUAAUAAUAAAAAAAGUUCUUAUGAAGGCA